AUGGCGGAUCCAAACAAUGUGUCGCAAUACAAAUAUUCGGCGAUGUCUAACCUGGUCCUCCAGGCUGACAGACGCUUUGUUACUCGCCGAACAGAUGAAGUUACGGGCGAUCCAGAAUCGCUGGCCGGUCGGAUCAACAUCAAAGAUAUGGGAACCCGAGCGGCCAUCCCUGAAGCGACGAAGCCGAAAAAGCAAACCGGGCUGAAAGACAUCGAGCGCGGCUCAAUUAGAGAGGGUCAAGAUGUCCUGCAGAGAGAACAGAGAAAAAGGAAAAGAGGGGACCCAGCUCAGCUUCGCGGAGUGGGCAUUCUAUCCGCCGCCGAUGCGCUUGUCGAAGGUCUUAAAUAUCGACCCAGAACUGCUGCGACCAGAGAGACCUACAACUUCAUACUCACAAUGACGGCUAAUAGCCUCGGCGAUGUACCUCACGAAGUCGUUCGAAGUGCUGCUGACGCUGUACUGGAGAUCUUGAAGGACGAUAAUAUGAAGGACUUUGAUAAGAAGAAGGAAAUCGACGACCUUUUGGGCUCGUCUAUGGGUCCCAAACAGUUCAACGAGCUGGUAAACCUAGGCAAAAAAAUCACCGACUACGAUGCACAAGAUGAAGAGGAGAAUAAAACCGGCUUGGACGGCGCCGAGGCCGGUGAAGAAUUAGAUGAGCGACAAGGGGUGGCGGUCGUAUUCGAUGAAUCGGAGGAUGAAGAAGAGGGUCUUAGAGGGGAACUCGAAAUCAGAGAUGACGACGAUGCAUCAGAAGAAGACGAAGAACAGGCGUCUGAUCUGGAUAACGAACCAGACGCACCGGUGCCCAGACCUGUGGCGGACGGAGCUGGCGAUGAGUUGGGCUCGGAACAAAUGAUCUUAGACGGGGGCGCUCAGUUAUCGACGGGGACAAACACGAAAGCUGCCGCGAGGCAAGUACCUGUGCGGGAGAUCGAUGCUUAUUGGCUUCAAAGGCAGAUCGGACAGGUCUACGCUGAUGCCCACGUUCAACAUCAAAAAGCUCAAGAAGCUUUCAGAAUUAUGAGCGACGUAUCCGACGACGGGACAGGCAAACCGUUACGAGAAGUUGAGAACGACUUAAUGGAUCUUUUUGAUUACGAUUACCCGGAUUUGGUGGGGAAGCUGGUAGUCAAUCGAGACAGGAUAGUCUGGGUCACCAAAUGGAGGAGAGUCGCAGAGGAUGCCGAUGCUAGACACCUUGUCGAAAAUGAAAUGAUAGAAGCUGGUCAUCGAUCCAUUUUGGACCUACUUCGAGGGAAAGACGAAGAAACUGAAAGGUCUGCAAAAAAGAUCAAGGUAGACCUAAUGGAUAUUGACGUACCGUCGGACAAAAAGCCAGAAGAGUUGAAGGUGAAACAAGACGAUAGCGGGUUGACAGGCGGGCUUCAUCCUAAGAGGCUGAUUAACCUCGAAGACUUGGUUUUUGACCAGGGCAAUCAUUUAAUGACAAACCCGAACGUGAAGCUUCCGCAAGGGUCAACGAAAAGAACAUUCAAAGGAUAUGAAGAAAUUCAUGUGCCCGCCCCAAAAGCAAGGAAAGAUACCGCCGAUGAGCCAAACAUCCCAACUUCGGAGCUUCCAGACUGGGCACGUAUUGGCUUUGGGAGCGCCAAACAGUUGAAUCGUAUCCAGACCAAGUGCUUUCCCACAGCUUUCCAUGGAGACGGCAACAUGCUUGUUUGCGCGCCAACCGGCUCGGGAAAAACGAAUGUUGCGAUGCUUACCAUGUUGCGAGAAAUUGGCAAAAAUCGAAACCCGAAUACAGGUGAAAUCAUGCUUGAUGAUUUCAAAAUUGUUUAUGUUGCACCACUGAAGGCAUUGGUUCAAGAACAAGUAGGCAACUUUGGGAAGCGAUUGGAACCUUAUGGUAUCAAGGUCUCUGAGCUCACAGGAGAUCGUCAAUUAACAAAACAACAAAUUGCGGACACUCAAGUCAUCGUUACCACACCAGAGAAGUGGGAUAUUAUCACUCGAAAGGCCACGGAUACUAGCUACACGAGGCUAGUGAGGCUGAUCAUUAUCGAUGAAAUCCACUUGCUCCACGACGAAAGGGGCCCGGUUCUCGAAAGCAUAGUCAGCCGAACAAUUCGACGGACCGAACAAACUGGAGACCCUGUCCGUUUGGUCGGGCUUAGUGCUACUUUGCCAAACUACCGCGACGUCGGCAGCUUCCUCCGUGUUGAUCCCAUCAAUGGCCUCUUUCAUUUUGAUGGCUCGUAUAGGCCAUGCCCAUUAAAGCAAGAAUUCAUUGGAGUAACGGAGAAGAAAGCUAUCAAACAGCUGAAAACAAUGAAUGAUGUUUGUUACACCAAAGUGCUUGAGCAGGUUGGAACCAACAAAAACCAAAUGUUAAUAUUCGUCCACUCAAGGAAAGAUACCGCGAAAACUGCCAGAUACAUAAGGGAUAAAGCAGUCGAAAUGGAAACCAUUGGCCAGAUUCUGCGCAGUGAUGCGGCCAGCCGGGCUAUUUUAUCGGAAGAAGCUGAAAGCGUCAAUGACCCGUCACUGAAAGACUUGAUGCCGUAUGGCUUUGGUAUCCAUCACGCUGGUAUGAGCAAGGCUGAUCGAACAUCUGUUGAGGACCUUUUCGCAGAUGGCAGCUUGCAGGUCCUGGUUUGUACCGCAACAUUGGCGUGGGGUGUUAACCUUCCUGCUCAUACGGUUAUCAUCAAAGGAACUCAAGUUUAUUCCCCAGAGAAGGGCAGUUGGGUUGAAUUAAGCCCUCAAGAUGUGCUGCAGAUGCUGGGAAGAGCCGGCCGUCCUCAGUAUGAUUCGUUCGGUGAAGGCAUUAUCAUCACUACCCAAGCAGAGUUACAGUAUUAUCUCUCAUUGUUGAACCAGCAGCUUCCGAUCGAAAGUCAGUUGAUGAGCAAACUUGCUGACAACUUGAAUGCCGAAGUUGUGCUGGGCAAUAUCCGUAACCGUGACGAGGGAGUUGAAUGGUUGGGAUAUACUUACUUAUUUGUGAGAAUGAUACGCUCUCCUGGUCUCUAUAGCGUUGGCGCAGACUAUGAAAACGACGAGGCUCUUGAGCAAAGACGUGUGGAUUUAAUACAUUCGGCAGCCACUGUGCUCGGAAAUGCUGGCCUCAUCAAGUACGACAAACAGAGCGGAAAGCUUCAAUCGACGGAAUUAGGCAGGAUUGCCUCCCAUUAUUAUAUAACUCACAGCUCCAUGCUCACAUACAACCGCCAUCUGCAGCCGAUGAUUUCAGCAAUUGACCUUUUCCGUAUAUUUUCCUUGAGCGAUGAGUUCAAGUAUAUCCCGGUUCGUCAAGACGAGAAACUAGAGCUGGCGAAGUUGCUUGGCCGCGUUCCUAUUCCCGUAAAGGAGGGUAUUGAAGAGCCACACGCAAAGAUCAAUGUCCUCCUACAAGCUUUCAUAUCUCGCUUGAAGCUUGAAGGACUCGCUCUCAUGGCAGACAUGGUAUAUGUUACACAGUCUGCUGGUCGUAUCCUUCGCGCAAUUUUCGAAAUUACUCUUAGAAAAGGGUGGUCUUCUGUGGCUAAAACGGCUCUCGACUUGUGCAAAAUGGCGGAAAAGCGAAUGUGGCCAACGAUGUCCCCUCUCCGUCAAUUCCCAACUUGUCCCCGUGAAAUCAUCCAAAAGGCCGAAAAGAAAGAUGUUCCAUGGUCAAGCUAUUUCGAUCUUGACCCGCCCAGGAUGGGCGAGCUCCUUGGUGUACCAAAAGCCGGCCGGACAGUAUGUGACCUUGUUGCAAAAUUCCCUCGUCUGGACAUGCAAGCCCAGGUCCAACCUAUGACGCGCUCAAUGCUUCGAGUUGAGCUUACGAUAACGCCGAAUUUCGUUUGGGAUGAUGCAUUGCAUGGUAACGCGGAGAGCUUCUGGGUCGUUGUCGAGGACUGCGAUGGAGAAGAGAUACUCUUUUACGACCAGUUUGUUCUUCGCAGGGAGUUUGCAACCGCCGAAAUGAAUGAACAUUUAGUCGAGUUCACCGUUCCUAUCACUGAGCCAAUGCCUCCUAAUUACUUCAUUUCGCUGGUUUCUGAUCGCUGGAUGCACUCAGAAACCAAGAUUGCCGUUGCUUUCCAAAAAUUAAUUCUUCCCGAGAAAUUUCCUCCUCACACGCCGUUGUUAGAUAUGCAACGGGUACCGGUCAAAGCCUUGAAAGACCCGAAUUACCUGGAUUUAUACCCCAAAUGGGAGCAUUUUAACAAAGUGCAAACGCAAGUCUUCAAAUCGUUAUUCGACUCUGAUGACAACGUAUUUAUCGGGGCGCCUACUGGCAGCGGGAAGACUGUGUGUGCCGAGUUUGCCUUGCUUCGCCAUUGGUCUAAAAAUAAUCAUGGGAAGGCGGUUUACAUUGCUCCUUUUCAGGAACUGGUUGAUCAACGCCUUGCUGAUUGGCAAGGUAGAUUCCGGAAAAUAAACGGCCCCAAAACGAUCUCGAAGCUUACCGGGGAGACCACAGCUGAUCUCAAAAUUCUAGAUCAGGCAGAUCUUGUUUUAGCCACCCCUAUUCAAUGGGACGUACUGUCCCGGCAAUGGCAGCGCCGAAAGAAUGUUCAGGCAGUUGAGUUGUUCAUUGCGGAUGAGCUCCAUAUGCUAGGCGGCCAAGGCGGUUACGUGUAUGAGGUGGUAGUGUCUCGAAUGCACUACAUCGCACUUCAGACUGAGAAUAACCUUCGCAUUGUGGGAUUGAGCGUCCCACUCUCGAAUGCUCGUGAUCUUGGAGAGUGGCUAGGAGCAAAGAAGCACACUAUCUACAAUUUCAGCCCUCAUGCUAGGCCAGUGCCUCUCGAACUACACCUUCAGUCGUUCACUAUCCCUCAUUUUCCGUCGCUUAUGCUUGCAAUGGCUAGGCCCGCCUACUUGGCUAUCUUACAACUCUCUCCGACCAAGCCUGCUCUGAUAUUUGUUCCCUCGCGUAAACAGACGCGUUCAACUGCUUUAGACCUAGUAGCUGCGUGUAUCGCAAACGAUGCUGAAGAUCGGUUUCUCCAUACUGAAAUUGAUCAAAUUGCACCCCUGUUGGAUCGAAUUGAUGAACGAGCUUUGGCGGAAUCUAUAUCUCACGGCAUUGGCUACUACCAUGAAGCACUCAGCAAGGGCGACAAACGCAUCGUAUCUCACUUGUUCAAAAUUGGGGCGAUUCAAGUCAUGAUAGCCUCACGGGACGUGUGUUGGGAAAUUGAAUUCACAGCACAUCUUGUCAUUGUCAUGAAUACCCAGUUCUUUGACGGCCGAGAACAUAGAUAUAUCGACUACCCGAUUAGCGAAAUUCUUCAAAUGUUCGGAAAAGCUUCUCGACCUUUGGAGGACCAGAGCGGCAAGGGUGUUUUGAUGGUUCCUGCGGUGAAGAGAGAUUACUAUAAGAAGUUCCUCAACGAAGCUUUGCCCAUGGAAAGCCAUCUACAACUCUAUUUACACGACGCUUUUGUUACAGAAAUAAGUACAAGGACCAUUUCUUCUACGCAAGAUGCUGUGGAUUGGAUGACUUAUACUUAUUUCUAUCGACGGCUAUUAGCGAAUCCGAGCUAUUAUGGAUUGAGUGGUCUAGAUCACGAAGCUCUUAGCACAUUCUUGUCUGAGAUUGUCGAGAAUACGUUGAAAGAAUUGGCAGAAGCAAACCUUGUUGACUUGGAUGAAGAAGAUGACACCAUCUCACCACUCAACGCUGCCAUGAUUGCGGCUUAUUACAACAUAUCUUUCAUCACGAUGCAAACGUUCCUCUUAUCAUUGAGCGCUCGGACGAAACUGAAAGGUAUCCUGGAAAUCGUUACAGCUGCAACCGAGUUUGAAAGCAUCCAGGUUCGGCGCCAUGAAGAGCAUAUCCUCCGUCGUAUAUAUGAUCGUGUGCCGGUUAAGAUGUCGCAACCUGCCUACGAUUCUCCUCAUUUCAAGGCAUUCGUCCUUUUACAGGCGCACUUCUCACGGAUGCAGCUUCCCAUCGACUUGGGCAAGGACCAAGAAGUUAUAUUGAGCAGAGUACUCAGCCUUCUUAGCGCUUGCGUUGAUGUGCUUUCUUCCGAAGGUCACUUAAACGCCAUGAAUGCUAUGGAGAUGUCGCAGAUGAUUGUACAAGCCAUGUGGGACAGAGAUAGCCCAUUGAAACAAAUCCCGCACUUCAACCCAGACACCAUCAAGGCUGCCAAUGAUUUUAAGAUUCGAGAUGUUUUCGAGUUUAUGGAGGCCAUGGACCCUGCGGAGAAUAAAGACUAUGCCGGCUUGGUCAAACGCCUUGGACUUGGCAACAAACAACUUGCUGAGGUUGCGGCAUUCACCAACGACAAAUAUCCUAGCAUUGAUCUCAACUUCACGCUAGUGGACGAGGAUACUAUUACCGCUGGGGAACCCGCGUACAUCAAGGUCAAAUUGGAACGGGAGGCAGAUGAAGACGAAGAACCCGAUACCACCGUUUCGGCACCGUUUUACCCAGGCAAGAAAGUGGAAAGUUGGUGGCUUGUUGUUGGUGAAGAGAAGACCAACAGCCUGCUAGCAAUUAAGCGAGUGGCAAUAGGGAGAAAGCUAGAGGUCAAGCUUGAAUAUAUUGUUCCUAGCCCUGGGGAGCACGAACUCACUCUGUACCUCAUGAGCGACAGCUAUGUUGGCGUGGAUCAAGAUCCCAGCUUCAAGAUUAAUGCCGCGGAAGGAAUGGAUGAGGAUGAAGCGGAUGAGGACGAAGAAUCAGCAGAAUAA